GACAUACAGAGGGGGAGUCUGUGGCAGUCCUCAACCAGAGGACAAUCCGUCAUGUUCAUGCUGUUCUCCUGAUCUCUCAGGGCCGUCCCCGGCACUUUGACAUGGUGGCACCUGGCUCCAACGUGGCUACCAACAACCAGGUACCAGAGUAUGAGGACUCUUCAUCUUGGGUCUUGCAGUUUAACCCGCCCUGGGAUAAGGCUGAGGGCCUUGUCUGAGUGAGGGCUGUUCACCAAACCGUGCCCCGUCUGCUCCUCAGGUCUGCGUGACGAACACAAGAUAAAACAGAUGGUUCUCCAGGAUGAAAAUUUUGUCAGUAAAGAAGAGUUCCAGGCAGUGGAAAAGAAGCUGGUGGAAGAGAAAGCUGCCCAUGCCAAGACCAAGGUCCUCCUGGCCAAGGAAGAGGAGAAGUUGCAGUUUGCCCUCGGAGAGGUAGAGGUGCUAUCUAAACAGCUGGAGAAAGAGAAGCUGGCUUUUGAAAAAGCGCUCUCCAGUGUCAAGAGCAGAGCCCUGCAGGAAUCCAGUAAGAAGGACCAGCUCAUCACCAAGUGCAAUGAAAUUGAGUCUCACAUUAUAAAGCAAGAAGAUAUACUUAAUGGCAAAGAGAAUGAGAUUAAGGAGUUGCAGCAAGUUAUCAGCCAGCAGAAACAGAUCUUCAGCCAGCUCCAUUGCAGGAAUCACAUGUCUGACUACCGGAUCCAGAAGCAACAGGAGAACUACAUGGCCCAAGUGCUGGACCAGAAGCAUAAGAAAGCCUCGGGGACGCGUCAGGCCCGGAGCCACCAGCAUCCCAGGGAAAAAUAAAAUUGUCUUCACCUUCC